AUGAGUGGCGUCGAAAGUGAGGGAAACGGGGCAGAUGAGACGUGCGUAAUUGUGGCUGAAAGCUCUGUGGACAUGGAGGAGGAACUCCAGGCUCGUGGGUCCCAAAGUGAGGGUUUCGAGCCGAGUCCAAGCUCAAGAGCCGCACAGAAAAAUGUGCGAGGGAGGGAGACGGACGGGGCUCUGAGAGCGCGUGCUACGCCGGAGACCCCCGAAGCCCCUUCAGCCCUUGCAGAGGGAAUUGAGUUUCUGCCACCGCGAAAAAAAGCGGCAAAGACAGGCAGCAGAGCGCAGCCGGUGGGGCCGGGAAGGGAAAACCUCGGCCCGUGUGAAAAGCUGAAGCCCACAUCAUCUCUGACAGAAUCGGAAUCGGAUUUAGAUGGUAAAGUGGUGGAAAUUAGGAAGAAAAAGAAGGACAGGAAAAAACAUGGAGAAGGAAAAUUGAUUGACCUAGAUUGA